GAUCAGUCAGUAGGUCAUCAGAGCGGCUCCAUCCCUGCUUCUCUUCACUUUAAACACUAUAACUCACUGAAAUCCAUCAUGAGGGAAAUCGUGCACAUCCAGGCCGGUCAGUGCGGUAACCAGAUUGGUGCAAAGUUCUGGGAGGUGAUCAGUGACGAGCAUGGCAUCGACCCAACAGGAACCUACCACGGUGACAGCGACUUGCAGUUGGACAGGAUCAGCGUGUAUUACAACGAGGCCACUGGUGGCAAGUAUGUGCCCAGAGCCAUCCUUGUGGAUCUGGAACCAGGCACCAUGGAUUCAGUCCGCUCUGGACCCUUUGGACAAAUCUUCAGACCUGACAACUUUGUAUUUGGUCAAAGUGGGGCCGGUAACAACUGGGCCAAAGGUCAUUACACGGAGGGGGCAGAGCUGGUGGAUUCGGUCCUGGAUGUGGUGAGAAAAGAGGCUGAAAGCUGUGAGUGCCUGCAGGGUUUCCAGCUCACACACUCCCUGGGAGGAGGAACCGGCUCCGGUAUGGGCACCCUGCUCAUUAGCAAGAUCAGGGAGGAGUAUCCCGAUCGUAUCAUGAAUACCUUCAGUGUGGUGCCUUCUCCUAAGGUAUCGGACACAGUGGUUGAGCCGUACAACGCCACGCUGUCAGUCCACCAGCUGGUAGAAAACACAGAUGAGACAUACUGCAUUGACAAUGAAGCUCUUUACGACAUUUGCUUCCGUACACUCAAACUCACCACGCCCACCUAUGGCGACCUCAACCACCUGGUCUCGGCCACCAUGAGCGGCGUGACCACCUGUCUGCGUUUCCCCGGCCAGCUCAACGCUGAUUUGAGGAAACUGGCUGUCAACAUGGUGCCCUUCCCACGUCUCCACUUCUUCAUGCCUGGUUUUGCCCCCCUGACCAGCAGGGGGAGCCAGCAGUACCGCGCCCUAACUGUGCCUGAGCUCACCCAGCAGGUGUUCGAUGCCAAAAACAUGAUGGCUGCUUGUGACCCUCGCCACGGGCGCUACCUGACAGUGGCCGCCGUGUUCCGUGGCCGCAUGUCCAUGAAGGAGGUUGAUGAGCAGAUGUUGCACGUCCAGAACAAGAACAGCAGCUACUUCGUUGAAUGGAUCCCCAACAACGUGAAAACAGCUGUCUGUGACAUCCCACCCCGCGGUCUGAAGAUGGCCGUCACCUUCAUCGGCAACAGCACAGCCAUCCAGGAGCUGUUUAAACGUAUCUCUGAGCAGUUCACUGCCAUGUUCCGCCGCAAGGCUUUCCUCCACUGGUACACCGGCGAGGGCAUGGACGAGAUGGAGUUCACCGAGGCGGAGAGCAACAUGAACGACCUGGUGUCUGAAUACCAGCAGUACCAGGACGCCACAGCAGAGGAGGAGGGAGAGUUUGAGGAAGAAGUGGAAGAGGAUGCCUAA